CCACUACACCGCGGUCUCGCGCGUCUUUUGACAAAGUUUCGCUUGUCAUCAUUUGCAAUUACAGCUGUACAACCCGCGACCCUCCAACCUCGAACAGGCAACGGACCACAGAUGCCAACGAUGCCGCCGCAUGCAAAAGAGGGUGCUGUUAUCAGUACGGCUUCCGAAGGCCUGCAGCCCGUCCGCAGGAAGAGGCGAAGGGGCGUGUGCGGUCGCGGAUCCCCAAGCGCAACGGAUCACCACGAACAGCAUGCGUCCUCACGAACCUCAACCUCAUCAACAACAAAAAGCAAGUUGCAGAACGCAGGAAGUCUGUCCGUGACCCGUCGUACAAUAUCGAGUAGCUCCGCUGAUUCCGGAUCCGGCUACCAGACUGCCGAAGAGUCCAGGCCAGUGGGCAGCUCUUCCAUCGCUGACCAAGCUAGAAAUGAACGCCUUGAGGGAAGCACCUCAGAGGGCUCGAAUCUCAAAAGCAAGACUAAAGGCAAGGCAAUCUUCGGAAAGCCAGUCAAGGGCAAAUGCAAGGCUGCCGAGGAGGAGGAGGAUACGACCGUUUCACUUGCUCCUCGAAGGAAGCAUGCCGCAGCCGAGCUGGAUCCAGCUUCCGAUCAGGGAACAGCGCAAGGCAGUGAUGAAGACAGCAGCGCAAAUUACAGGCCGAAGAAACGAAAACGCUCUGGAAACAAGCCAGUACUUUCGGUUGAAACGGCGCCUUUGACCGGCGCUGCUUGUUCGACAGGCAAACGCUCCCCAGUUGCAUCGCGCACCCCCAAGGGCACUUCGGUGCCUGGCGGUGCCGAACCUGCUCAAGACAGACUGGUCGAUGCGAUGCAUGAUCGCGAGAAAGAGCUGCAGCUGCAAGUGACGGAGCUUCAAGGCUUGAUCAAGAAGCAUGAGCAAGUGAUCCAAGAGCAGACCAACACACUCAACGCGGUUCAGAGUGCAUGUACAUGCCACAUCUGUUUGGAUAGCAUCUGGCGCCCUUUUGUUCUGGUCCCGUGCGGCCACAUCUUCUGCCUCUCCUGCCUUGUGAAUUGGUUCCAAAAGCCGGACCAUCAUGAGGUUUCCAUACCUCCGCACUGGAGCGAAGGUCUGCGUCGCGACGAGGAAGAGCGCAGGACGCGGUUGCGUAGAAAGCUGUGUCCAGAGUGCCGCACACACGUCGCGCAGCCCCCGGUCGAGCUGUGGAGCAUGAAGCUGGUCAUGGACAAGAUGCACGCGGGCGCAGAGAGCAUGCGCACUGCCGCACGCGGAGAAGGUUUGGCCAAUCUGCAGGCCCUUGUCAGUGCCGAGUACGGUUACGAGGCUGGAGAAACGGCGCAGCAAAGGGACGAAAAGCUCGGUUUGACGGCGCGCCUGACGACUGCACAGGGGAUGGUGCUCGGCAAGCAGCUUGGUGUUUGGCACAACAUCUUCCCAGCGCGUGAUAUCGAUCCAUCGCGCCCCCGCUUCGAUGAGGCGGAUCGCGUGUACAGAUGCCCAGAGUGCAGUGCGGAGAUGCUGGACGGCGAGUGCAUUGAAUGGUGAGCUAAUGUCUGCAUAGUAGCAACUUGGCGGACCGAAUAUCUGAUCAGGCCUUUUGCAUCGACCAGCGGACACAUCUGGGACGAUUAUGAUGAAGAAUUGUGGGAAGGUGAAGGUGAUGACCUCUACGCGUUGGAUCUCACCCGUCUCGGUUAUCCGUAUCGUGGACACCCCGAUUUGGGAUACGAUAGCUACGAUUCUGAGUUCGAAGAGCCGUUGGAUGAGGAGGAGGAGUACUGGAGUCAUCCUCUGCACACACCGCGACCACCACAAGCACAGCCACCACCAGUGGCCGCCGGAAAUGCGCCCGCUCACGCGCCUCAUGCGCAUCCGUCCU